GAGAAUCAGCAAGUAAUGAGUGGAAGAGGCAAAACCGGCGGCAAAUCAAGAGCGAAGGCCAAGACUCGGUCUUCCAGAGCGGGUCUUCAGUUUCCCGUUGGCCGUGUUCACAGGCUGCUUCGUAAAGGUAACUACGCUGAACGUGUCGGUGCCGGAGCUCCAGUUUAUCUCGUAGCUGUUCUCGAGUAUCUUACCGCUGAGAUCCUGGAGUUGGCUGGAAACGCUGCUCGGGACAACAAGAAGACUCGUAUCAUUCCUCGCCAUUUACAGCUGGCGGUGCGUAACGACGAGGAGCUGAACAAACUGCUGGGCGGCGUGACCAUCGCUCAGGGUGGUGUAUUGCCCAACAUACAGGCGGUGUUACUGCCCAAGAAGACCGACAAACCCGCCAAAGCCAAAGUAAAAAUAAAAACAGUGCUUUUCGGAAGAGGUAAAACCGGCGGCAAAUCAAGAGCGAAGGCCAAGACUCGGUCAUCCAGAGCGGGUCUUCAGUUUCCCGUUGGCCGUGUUCACAGGCUGCUUCGCAAAGGUAAUUAUGCCCAACGCGUCGGUGCCGGAGCGCCAGUUUACCUCGCCGCUGUUCUCGAGUAUCUCACCGCUGAGAUCCUGGAGUUGGCUGGAAACGCUGCUCGGGACAACAAGAAGAGUCGAAUCAUUCCCCGCCAUUUACAGCUGGCGGUGCGUAACGACGAGGAGCUGAAUAGACUUCUCGGCGGCGUGACCAUCGCUCAGGGUGGCGUGUUGCCCAACAUCCAGGCGGUGUUACUGCCCAAGAAGACCGACAAACCCGCUAAAGCCAAGUGAACGACUUUUUCUCCUGAUUAACUCAAAAGGCUCUUUUAAGAGCCACCCACUUGAACCGAAAGAGAGCGAUUUUAUUCUUAAGUGAAUAAUAGUUAAAGCUAUGGAAACAAACAAUAACUAAAUGUUUGUAACAAAAAAAGAGCUUGUUGCUCAUUCUCACCUUUGCUUACUCCAGCUUCAAUCCUCCUAGUAGCACGGCCUUGUAAACUAACGGUAUUGUUUAGCGUGUUGACAAAAUGUUUAUAUGCUCUCCUACCGGUAAGUCGCUUUGGAUAAAAGAGUCUGCCAAAUGAAUGCAUGUAAAUGUAUAAAAGUAUUGGAAAACCAGAUUCUGUCUUUAAGUGAGAUGAACGUUCACGACUUUGGGUUGGGCAGUGACUGUUCUGGGUGCCUUAAAACUAGUGGUGUCCUUCAUGUUUAUUCGGUUGUUAUUGAGCUCCACAGGAUCGUAAGGGAAAUUAUUACACACUCCCGGCUGUUGCUGUGACAUGACUAACAAUAACACCGAUUUCGAUACCUUUCUGGAGAACAUUUUUGUAUUACAGUUACCCUUAAAUGUCAUUCAUACAAUGACAAGAAACGAAACGAACAACAAAACUACU